ACAAGCAUGGCGGCUCACAUCUUCUAAUCAAACGUUGGAGGUCUAGUUUAUAAAAAAAUAGAUCUGUUAUGGCGGAGGUUGUUCAAGCUUGAAGAUGUUAGCUGUCAGGUGUUGUCUACGGCAGCGGAGUAAAAUAUCAGUGGCUAGUUUUUCUCUAUUUUCUUCUCAGAGGACGACUUUUAAAACACUGAUAGGAAAAACAGACCGAAGGUUCACUGUCCUUCCUUGUCGGCUCUCUGUGGAUCACUCCGCCAGGUUCGUGUCCCUGUCUGCCUCCUCCAGAGCUGAUGCUGGAGCCUCACCUGAGCAGGAGAACUUUGGUUCUCUCUCGGAGGACAUUUCCUCCAGGAGGUCGUUCAGGAAGAGCAGCCCGGACCUCCGAGACCUGCGACACGAGCGAGAGUCCAUGGAGGAGGAACCUCUGAGGAGACCUUUGAGGAGAAAUACCCCCUACUGGUACUUCUUACAGUGCAAGAAACUGAUAAAGGAGAAAAAGCUGCAGGAGGCCCUGGAUCUGUUCAGCAGAGACAUGCUGCAGGAGGAGAGGCUGCAGCCAGAGGAGUUCAACUACUCUGUGCUUAUAGGAGGCUGCGGUCGAGCCGGACAGCUCAAAAAGGCCUUCAAACUCUACAAUGACAUGAAGAAGCGAGGUCUGAUCGCAACAGAUGCAACCUACACUGCACUGUUCAACGCCUGCGCAGAGUCGCCAUCCAAGCAGGCCGGACUGCAACAAGCCUUGAAGCUGGAGCAAGAGCUCCGUCGUAAAAACUACCCCCUAAGCACCAUCACGUACCACGCUCUACUCAAGACCCACGCCAUCACCAACCACCUCCAAGCCUGUGUUCACACGCUGCGGGAGAUGCUGCAGAAUGGACAUGCUGUAACACAGGAGACAUUUCAUUACCUGCUGAUGGGCUGUUUGAAGGACAAAGAAAUGGGAUUCAGAUUGGCUUUGCAGGUGUGGCGUCAGAUGCUGCGGUCGGGGAUCCUUCCAGAUUCAAAAAACUAUACCCUGCUUUUAAGAACAGCCAGGGAUUGUGGGAUUGGUGAUUCAGCUUUAGCAUCAAGUGUUCUGCUGCAGUCUAACUGGAAGCCAAAGGAAGAUGUUUCAGAACCUAGAGGCAAGAAUGUAAUAGACAUAGACCUUCUAGAGAAGCAGCUGUUUCUUCAACACGAUACCCAAAGCAGCAGCCAGUCUGAGAGCAAAUGCAAUAAAGAGGAGGGAUCCAACCAUCUUAUACCAGUCAGACCGGCAGAAAACAUCUCGUUACCUUCUAACAUGGUGCCAGAUUCUACAGCUCCUAAUUUGCUGGACCUUUUUGAAGGCAAAGGAGGAGCCGUGCUCGCUCUCAGCUCUGUAGAUACGGCAUCUGAUAGAUUGGCCCUAAUCGGUGGAGCGAAAGGCUUUCUUGAGCAGAUGGAGGCUAAGGGGCUAAGUCCAGACCUGAAAACUCUGACGCUCUUGGCUGACAUGAUGGAGCCGGGUCGCCAGUCUAUGCAGAUGCUGCUAAAGGCCGCCAAGCAGCAUCAGGUGAAGCUCGAUGGGGCGUUCUUUAACACUGCCAUCCGAAGAUCCAUCAAAGCAGGUGCUCUUGAGGAUGCAAAGGCUGUCCUGCGUGUGAUGCGACAGCGCAAUGUCAGCCUGAAUAUACAGACGUAUGGAUGUCUGGCAUUAGGCUGUGAUCAGCAGGAGGAAGGUCUGCAGCUGCUCAAAGACAUAGAGGAUGCAGGACUUCGACCCAAUGUUCAUGUUUUCUCUGCACUGAUCGGUCGGGCCACUCGGAGACUGGAUUACGCCUAUCUGAAAACACUCCUAAAGAGCAUGAGGAACCUGAGUGUGUGGCCUAAUGAGGUCAUAAUACGGCAGCUGGAGUUUGCUGCACAGUAUCCUCCCAACUACAACCAGUACAAGUCCAGAAACAACUACCUGGUGCAUAUAGAUGGUUUCCGUGGUUACUACCAGGAGUGGCUGAGAGAUGUACCUGCUCAGAGUGCUGAGGAGGAGCAGGCGGAGCUGCAGUCUAACACGGAGGUGGCGGUGAAGGAGAAUGAAGCUGAAUAUGGACUGACCGAUGCUCAGAGGAAUCAGAGAGCAGCAGCCAGGAGAUAUAAUUCUCACCACAGAGCGAAGAAGAACCGCACCAUUUUAGCUCAGGAAUGCAAAUAAG